GUCACUUUCAAGGAAUUAGGAGUGCCGUCGGCUUACACUUACAGAGUAUCUUGCUCUGACUUUUCAGCAGUAGCUUAUCAUGGGCACUGACUUAUGGGUUGGAACCUGGAGACCCCAUAGACCACGGGGUCCCAUUGCAGCUUUCUACAGCAGCCCAGGACCCAAAUAUUCACUACCAGGAAAUACAGGUUUUGUCAGUCAUGAUCCCAGUCGACAUCGUGCUCCGGCUUAUAGCAUGGGGAACCGCCGUUUCAAGUUAGUUGAUGACUGUUCACCAGGACCAGGAUAUUUGGUGCCAUCUAAUAUCACUGUAAAGGGGAAGGAUGGAACCCCUGCUUAUUCCAUCUAUGGAAGACCAAGGGACAUCUCCUCCUUUAGGACCCCAGGGCCAGGUAGUUAUUCUCCAGAGCGUGCUGGGAAAUCUGCAUACCGCUCAGCUCCAACAUACUCACUUGGUGAAAGAACAAAGACAUUCGGCAAUGACCAGACACCAGGUCCAGCAGCAUAUAUGCUCCCCUCUGUGAUUGGGCCAAGGAUAGUGAACCGAUCCUCUGCUCCAAACUACUCUAUGACUGGACGGAGCAAAAUUGGUAGCUUCCAUGAAGACCUGCAGAAAACACCUGGUCCUGGGACAUAUCGUGUUAUAGAUCCUGGUACAUAUAAACACAAACCUCCCCAAUACAGUAUGACUGCCCGAAAUGUUUUGCCUGGUGAUACCACAAUAAAACCAGGCCCAGGAGCCUACAGCCCAGAAAAGGUGGUCAUGUCAAAGGCUCAGGCUCCAAACUUCUCUUUUGGUAUUCGGCACUCAGAAUACGUUGCUCCCCUGAUCGUGGAUGUAGCAGACUAAUCAAUAAAAUAAACAGCAGAAUCUGGGCUCUGAACAUCUAGUUUUCAAUAUGCAAAAGGGCAUGGGUGAAUUGUGUUCAUUUCAAAAUGUUUCGGCACACCCCAAUUAGAUUGCAGUUGUCCUUCCAUUACACUUUUCAACUUCACUUUUCAACUUGAACUCAGUGUAAAGUACUGUGAACCAAUCCUUCUAAACGUUAGAUGAAGGGUACAGUAUUCCUAAUGUCCUUGAAUCACUUAUUAUUCUACCUACCUGUUUUAUAAAGUUUUGCAUCAGAUGCAGUUGUAGAGCUUUAUGGGGAAUUAAGUAUUAAUACCAGAUUUGCACUGACAUUAAUAGUUAUACCAUCUGAGAACCUAGAUAUGAUAAGAUUGCUUCUCUCUUCUCAAAAUACAACUCUGCUGGUGUGUUUACCCAAUAGAUGCCUGGAAGGAGUAGCUUUUCUCUGUAGCUCUGAACAGAAUUUCUGCCAGAAUUCCAGGAACUAAUCUAGUUAUACCCCAUCCCUAUUGCCAGCAAACUGGAACAUGCCAUUGCCAAAUAUUAACAACAUACUUCACAGCAGAAAGAUCAAUCUAAGUACACAUAUCUGAAUUGUGUAUCUCAUAUUUUGUUCUAAUCCAUUUUACUUAUUACUAAACAAAGAUAUAGGAUACAUGUUAAACACAUACGUACAUACAACUCAUAGACAUUUUUUGAUAUUCAUGUUAUUAAAGAUAAAGCUCAUUAAAAUUAGGAUACUUUAUAUUACUGCAAAGGGUUAUGAUUCACAGACAUGGGUGAUGUACUAAAAGAUCAACUGCAUAAAAAUGUCACAAAAAUGAAUGAAUAUGUUGUGCUAAGGACAACAGCUUUCUGCUGGAUACUAGCGAUAAUAGUGUUUCUAAUACCUGCACAGUUAGUAAGACUCAUUGAUAUUCUCAGUUGCACUGCUGUCUCUUGAAAGUCUAAUAAUUACCCAUGAAAUUCAAUGUGCCAACUAAAUUAAACCUUAAUUUGUG